ACCGGGUCUUCGUUAAUCACAUGAGGAGCAAGUCAUUGCCGUGUUUGACCUCAACUCAAAAACAGCCUUGUAUUGUAUUGUACUCACACACGACACAAAAUACACGGCAACGCAACUCACGCUGCCCUCAACACAAAAACUCAGAUUUGAUUCUCUCUCGCAAUUUCAUUCUCCCCUCUGCAAAUCAUUUCCCACUCCUUUAUGCUCCUCUCUCACCAUUUUUCGGUUAAGAUUUUUCUGAUCGCUGAAAGAGAUGAUGCGAAGAACUAAUGCCAAUGAUGCCAGAGCUGAUAACAACACUUUGGAUACUAUAAACGCUGCUGCUUUUGCCAUAGCCUCUGCCCAGAACCGCGUUUCUCAACCUUCUACCCAGAAGAAAAGAUGGGGAAGCUGGUUGGGCAAAAUUGGGUGUUUUGGAUAUAAAAAAACCCGAAAGCGCAUUGGGCAUGCUGUCCUAGUUCCAGAACCAACCACCAAUGGAGCUGAUCCUGCUGCAGCUGCUAGUUCAAUUCAAGCACCUAGUAUAACGCUUCCUUUCGUAGCACCUCCCUCAUCUCCUGCAUCUUUCUUUCAAUCAGAACCUCCAUCAACUGCACAGUCACCAAUUGGGAAAGUAUCUCACACUUGUGUGUCUGCCAGCAUCUACUCUCCUGGUGGCCCCGCCUCAAUCUUUGCCAUUGGACCUUAUGCCCAUGAAACCCAAUUAGUCUCACCACCUGUUUUCUCGGCAUCAUCCACUGCUCCUUUCACUCCACCUCCUGAAUCCGUCCACAUGACUACACCUUCCUCGCCCGAGGUUCCAUUUGCUCAGCUACUUGACCCCAACAAUAAGAACAGUGAAACCUUUCAGAGGUUCCAAAUAUCUCACUAUGACUUCCAAUCCUAUCAGUUUCAUCCUGGAAGCCCUGUUGGUCAACUCAUAUCACCAAGAUCUGCCAUCUCAGUUUCCGGCACCUCAUCGCCACUCCCUGACUCUGAAUUUAAUGCCACUUUCGCCCAUAUCCUUGAUUUCCAAAGAGCAGACCCUCCCAAGCUUCUCAACUUAGAUAAUAAACUGUCUUCUUGUGAAAACCAGAAGUCAAAUCAUGGUUCCGGGUCUCUGACCCCAGAUGCUGCAAGGUCCACAACUCAAUCUGGUUUUCUAUCAAAUCAUUGGGUUUCUGAGAUCAAAAUGUCCCCACAUCCUAGCAAUAAUCGCCUCAAUGAGAUUAGUAUAAAUCAUAGAGUUUCAUUUGAAUUAUCCGCUCAAAAAGUGUUGAAAUCUCUGGAAAACAAGCCAGCAGCAUCAGCGUGGACUAAUGUCCUGCCAAAAUUGAAAAAUGAUGCUCCAACAACAGACAAAGAAGAAAAAUCAGAAGAAAGUGCGCUUGAUGACAAACAAGUAGUUUCUGAAGCUCACAAUGAUCAACCACUGGAAACCACUUUGGGUGGAGAUAAGGCAACAACAGUUCAUGAGAAGGAUCAGUCCUUAACUCUUUCUUCCGCUAAAGAAUUCAAUUUUGAUAAUGCAGAUGGAGGAGAUUCUCUUGCUCCCAAUAUAGUUGCUGACUGGUGGGCUAAUGAGAAAGUUGCAGGGAAGGAGAGAGAGGCAUCCAAGGAUUGGUCCUUUUUCCCAAUGAUUCAACCUGGUGUCAGCUAAACAAUAUGGCUUCAUCUUGUUCAUGAGUUUGGCAUUGGUUUUUAAUUUUGUGCCGUGAUGUUGAUUGACAGAACCCAACAGCACACAUGCUAUAUAUAGAAUCAUAGUAAAUUAAGAUUUGGAAGUCUAACACAGUGAUGGGGUUCUUUUUUGAACUCAAUGGCCCCGAAAAAAAAAAUAGUGAGUUUGCUUAUUAUAUGUGUUAUAGUUUUUUUUUUGCCAAGUUUGGAUUAGAAAUAGCUGUACAUUUUUAGCAUCUAUGAUUAUAUUAUAUAUAUGUAAUAUAGUUGACUGUCAUUAUUGUUAUCUAAUGAUGGCGAUUAUAAUAUAUAGCUGAAGAUCAUGAUUGUUUUGAUUAUAUGGAACGCCAAGUUUGAACCUUGGUCCAAAUUUAUGCGUGGGAGGAAUUCAAUCUUCUCGCUCACAGGCAUCUUGAAAAGUGAAUGCGGAUACGUUACUUGUUCUA